GGCUCCAUUUGCACGAGCGCGACAGCCGCACUUUGACAGAGAGCAACUUCACGCGCGCCGCAGACUCGACGCUGGAGGAGCCGCUGGACUAACGGAGGGAUGCGCGGUGUAACAUGGAUAUACGAGAAGGGAUAAACAUCAGCAAACACCCCGGGAAAUGCACGCAGAAGAACAGUGAAAGUGCUGCAAAGGACAAAGCCGGGAUUCUACACACCUGUGAUUGGAUGUGAGCUUGUACUGACCUGAGACCAUUAAAAUGGAGUUGCUAUGGAAACUUUUACUGCUGCUGUCAUUGGCGGGGUGUCUGGCAGGGAGCGGAGUCCUGCUGCGGCCCGCGUUCACCAAGCAGCCCGGCAGCGUGGUGUUUCCCAUUCAACCCGGAGAGAACCGCCGAGAGGUGGUGUUCAGCUGCGAGGCCCAGGGACACCCACCUCCUUUCUACAGGUGGAAGCUAAAUGACUCUUUCAUCCUGCCCAGACCCGGGUCACGCUACUCUCUCAUGGGGGGAAACUUACACAUCAGCCAUCUGAAUAAAGAGGAAGAUGUUGGCAUCUAUCAGUGCCUGGCAUCUAACUCGUUUGGCACAAUUGUCAGCAGAGAGGCCAGUCUCCACGUCGCAUACCUGGAGAAUUUCAAGACCCAGAGAAGAAGUCCUGUGAGGGUCCGCGAAGGUCAAGGAGUCGUCCUGCUGUGCGGUCCACCGCCUCACUCCGGAGAGCUCACCUUCACCUGGAUUUUCAACGAGUACCCUUCCUUUGUCAUCCAGGACACACGACGGUUUGUGUCCCAGAAGACGGGAAACCUUUACAUCGCAAAAGUGGAACCGUCGGACGUGGGCAACUACACGUGCGUGGUCACCAACACGGUGACCAAAACCAGCGUUCAGGGACCACCGACACCCCUGGUCUUGCGGGUUGAUGGUGUGAUGGGCGAGUACGAGCCAAAGAUCGAAGUGCAGUUUCCCGAAGUCGUCCCAGUUGCUAAAAGUUCAACAGUCAAACUGGAAUGUUUUGCACUCGGAAACCCUGUGCCAACCAUCAGCUGGAGACGAGUGGAUGGAGCCUCUUUUGGCAGGAAGGUGGACAUAAAUAAGGCCAGCGGAGUUUUAGAAAUCCCCUAUUUCCAGCAGGAGGAUGCGGGGAUGUAUGAAUGUGUGGCUGAGAACAGCAGAGGGAGGAACCUGGUUAAAGGGAAGCUGUCUUUCUACGCUGCACCUCACUUGACUGAAAAGCCUCAGGACGUGCAGAAGACCAUUGAUGACAGUCUGGUGUGGGAAUGCAAAGCCAGCGCCAAACCGAAGCCGUCGUACCGCUGGCUGAAGAACGGGGAGUCCCUGGACCCCAUGGAGCAGGACAGAAUUCAGGUGAAUAACGGACUGCUGACGAUCAGCAGCUUGAAUCUGGCCGACGUCGGCAUGUACCAGUGUGUGGCGGAGAACAAGCAUGGCCGAAUCUUCACCAACGCCGAGCUGCGGGUCAUCGCCAUCGCUCCGGACUUCUCCCAGAACUUGUUGAAGGCGCAGACUUUGGCUCGCCAGGGCGGCGAUGUCCUGAUCGAAUGCAAGCCGAGGAUGUCUCCUCGGGGCGUGAUCUCCUGGAGAAAGGGGAAGGAAGCCCUGAGAGAGAGCCACAGAGUCAUGGUGUUGGAUAACGGAAGCUUACGGAUUUCUAACGUCACCAAACUGGACGCGGGAAUCUACACUUGUGUCGCCCGGAACCAGUUCGGAGUGGCGAGCAGCGCUGGCAGCCUUUUGGUUAAAGAGGCGACUUCCAUCACCAGCCCAGCGGGUCAUCUGGACGUGACGAUCGGAGAGAGCAUCGUGCUGCCCUGCCAGGUGUCACAUGACCCCACGCUGGACCUGAAGUUCACCUGGUUCUUCAACGAGCAGCUCAUCCGCUUUGGGAGCCACGGGGUUUACUUUGAAAAAGUCGGAGGGAGGUCAGCGGGAGACAUUAUGAUCAGAAACAUUCAGCUGCAGCACGCUGGGAAAUACACCUGCGCCGUUCAGACCAAGGUUGACAGCGUGUCUAUUGCCACAGAUGUGGUGGUCCGAGGUCCUCCGGGCCCCCCGGUGGACUGCAGGGUGACUGCGGUGACGGAGACCACGGCCUCCCUGUCGUGGGGCCCCGGGAUGGACAACCACAGCCCCAUCCUCAGCUACACCAUCCAGGCCAGGACGCCGUUUUCUCUCGGCUGGCAGGCCGUCACCACCGUUCCUGAGCUGCUAGCAGGGAAGCAGCUGUCAGCCACUGUCACCGACUUGAGUCCCUGGGUCGAAUAUGAGUUCAGAGUCUUGGCAGCCAACAGCAUAGGAACCGGAGAGCCCAGCAAACCCUCCAACAAAUCCCGCACCAAAGAGACACUUCCCAGAGUGACUCCAGCGCGGGUGAAUGGAGGAGGUGGCGGACGCUCAGAGCUGGUCAUUACAUGGGAGCCUGUUCCCGACGAGCUGCAGAGCGGCCCGGGCUUCGGAUACGUGGUGGCUUUCCGCCCACUCGGGGCUCAGGGCUGGAUGCAGGCAGCCGUCACGUCUCCAGAUGCUUCCAGAUACGUCUUCAAGAACGAGAGCAUCCCGCCCUUCUCCCCGUAUCAAGUCAAAGUCGGGGUGUACAACAACAGGGGGGAAGGCCCUUUCAGCCCGGUGACCACCAUCUACUCCGCCGAGGAAGAGCCCAGCAGAGCUCCGGGGAGGCUCAGGGCGAGGAGUAUAUCGGCAUCCGAGGUAGAGGUCACCUGGAAGCCGCUGCCCUGGAGCAACAACCGCAGACGCAUUCUAGGCUACGAGCUGCGGUACUGGGGUGAGAAGGAGAAACAGGAGGCGGCGACUGUGAUCCGGACGGUGGGGAAUAAAACUUCAGUGCUCAUCAGGGACUUGGAGGGCAGCAGUACCUAUUACAUGUCCCUGCGGGCCUAUAACAGCGCCGGAGAGGGUCCGCAGAGCAGCACAGUCAAUGUCACAACCAAGAAACCGCCGCCGAGCCAAGCCCCCGUCAAAAUCAUGUGGAACACUUCCAACUCCAAGGUCAUCCUCAAGUGGGACCAAGUGCACGCCCUGGAGAACGAGUCCGAAGUCACAGGCUAUAAGGUGAUGUACAGCCAGGACAAACACAGCCACCCCAGCGUGGUGGAAACCAACAACACCUCCUUGGAGCUGUCCCUGCCGGUCAACCAGGGCUACGUGAUCCAGAUCAAACCCUUCAGCGAGGGAGGCGAAGGCAUCAGCAGCCGCCAGAUCACCAUUCCCAAGAUGGAAGGCUCCAUAGCCAGAGGAGCAGCGCUGGGGUCCUUUGGCUCGUCCGUGGUCCACCUCGCCACCGUAAUCCUCACAGCCAGGACGGUGCUAUGACAAACAUGUAUGAGAACCGGGCGCUCCAGCUGCUUUUUGUUGAGAGGAGAAGCAGCAGGUUAUAGACAUCAAGAGGCUUGCAGCCACAUCUCCACCUGCUCCCUCCUUCCCCACCCUACUGUGUCUUUCCUCUUCCCUCCACAAAGAUCUCUUUGUGAGGACGAUUCGUUUUCUCCACCUUUCUAAAGUAGCUCCUGAAAGGAACUGGCUGCUACAGAAGUUCCUUGUUUGAAACUGAAAGGACACCGCGACUCAACUUUUCGUCUCUUUGAAGACGUUUUUGCUUUUUGUUUUUCUC